GAUAGAAAAAAUCACACAAAGAGCCCUUGUUGUAUUUCGUCUCUUUUCGAAUAGUUUCAGAUUUUCGCAAAAGCUUCUUGAAAAUGAAGAGACAGUUCGAGAGCAUUGAAGAUUCCAGCAGUGAUUCUUCUUCAUAUGAAUCCUCUACUACUCCUACAACAAAUGCUUCAUCAUCCUCCACAACUAUUCGAAACAAUUCUAAUAACAGAUCGAGAAGAUAUAUCGAUAAUAUUGUGCAUCCCCAACCAUCCUCUACUACAACACCAAGUCCUCAACUCCAUAAUAACAAUUCCAAUAGAAACAACAUAACAAUUACUUCACAACAAGAUUCGUAUCCUUUCGUCACCUCUUCUACAAAAGUUCCAACCAACAGAAGGCAUUUAAAGUUGAGAAAACAAUUGAAAACAUGUUCUAACUUUUCAUCAAGCUACUUUGUAUUGGACGUGAAUGCUCCUGCUGCUAAUACCAUAGGAUUUAUGGGAUCAACGAGAGGUAAUGAUAUUCCAGUGCUGUUGACUGAUACAGUUUCGAAUAGUAAUCAAAGCGUAAAUCAUUUUCUGCCAUCCUCCUCCAAUACUCCAAAUACUCCAUGUAAGAAGAAAACCAAAAGAGCACAAACUGGUUCAAUUAACUUUGUUUCGAAUAAUAAGAAGGGAACUAAUAAGAAAUGGAUUGCUUCUGUGAAUACUACUGUCAGCAGUUCAUCUUCAAGCCCAACCAAUCCUCUUAAUACCACAACUACUACAACAACUACUACUACUAACUCUACUCAACCAACAGCUGAACAAUCUUUCCUCCAACAAUUAAUCAAUCCAAUGAGUUCAAUGAUUCGUCCAAACACAAAUAAUGUACUUGUUCAAAAUGUUCUUCCAAUUGGUCAAAUUCAACCAACACAAAAUAAUCAUUCACAUAAUCACCUUGUAUCAUCCAUGAAUCCAUUCCAACAUCAACAACACAAUAUGAAUACUAUCCAAUCGAUGCUUCAUCCACUUUCUAAUAAUAUUUAUCAAUCAAAUGUACAAAAUACAGCUCCACAAAAUCAUAUUUUCCCAUCACUUGAUACUAUACUGAACUGUUAUGCCAAUCCUCUCUUGAAUUCUCCUCCACUUGGUCAAAUGACAAACUAUUCCAAUAACAGUCUUGAUUCAAGUCCAAUCACAACAACUCCAUCUACUCCUUCCAAUACCACUAAUAAUAAUGGUAUUGCUUCUCCUAUUUUUGGAUCCUUGAUCAAUAUGCCACAAGUUAAUUCAUUGACAAGUGGUAGUUCAACAGGUAAUUCUUUUGGAAUGCCAAAUCAAAACUAUAACAUGGUCAAUUACAAUUCAGCUGCUUCAAAUUCUGAAAUGGUCAACCACAAUCAACAAAUUACUUUGGAAGAUCUGCUCACUCACGAUGAAGCUAGAAUUUUGCUUAAUACAGUUAGUUCUUACUUUAAUCAACAAAACAACCAAUUCUAG